AUGGUGUGCUCCGUGACUAAUAACAACAACAAUAACAUUAGUAGUAUUAAUUUAAGUAAUAGCAGUAGUAAUAGUACUCUAAAUAAUAGUCAUCCAUUGGUACUUGGUGUGAGAGAUCGGGCUGAAAUAAUAGACGCAAUGUCAUCAUUGAGUGAUGCACAUCGUCGCAAUGGCCACUUGGAUUCUGGUGACCGAAGUUCGUCGGCUGGAUCCUCUUUGGGCUCUUGUUCACCACCGCCGGCUUCAAGCCACUCGCCACCACCACCACGACCACCCUGGUUGCAUGAUUUUCAUGCCGCGGCAUCACCCCAUGUCCUACAAUUUUUAAAUUUAAGCGCCGCCGGCGGUGGUAUGCUUGCAGCGAGCCAACCACUUGCUGCGCUGCACUCUAUGGCCGAACGCAGUCACCAACACCAGCAACAGCAGCAACAAUUGCAGCAACAGCAACACGCUGCCCAGCUACAACGGCAGCAGUCAAUUAAUUUAUCCGCAGGGCAAAUAAAUUCGACCCCACCGCAGGGUCAGGCCUCACCAACGGGCAGUGGGAAACACAGCCCGGCAACUUCUGUCACAUCCGUGGGCAGCAAUCCACAUGGUAUUGAUAAUAUAUUGUCACGACCAGCUGCCACACAUCCUCAGGUACCAUCUUCAGCGGCUCAUGCGCUCGCAUCUACUCCAACUCAUCCCCAGCAUUUGGCUGCACCAAGAUAUGGCAUGCAUGCUGGAUUUACAGCAUCUGCAGGUCUCGGGCAGUUUCAGCAACGAACAGAAGCACGUCAUCCGGCAGUUUAUUGGCCUGGGCUACAAGGUCUUGUUAGUGAUCCUUUGGCAUGGCGAGCUCGGCUUCAUUCGUUGUCACAGCAGCUGGGUUGUCAACAAGCGAUGUCAGGAGCUGUCGGCGGUGGUGCUGGUGGUGAGCACGAUAACGGCAAGAAGAAACACACAAGACCGACGUUUAGUGGACAACAGAUAUUUGCCCUCGAGAAGACAUUCGAGCAGACCAAAUACCUCGCAGGACCAGAGCGCGCUAAAUUAGCUUACGCUUUGGGAAUGUCUGAAUCCCAAGUCAAGGUUUGGUUCCAAAACAGACGAACAAAGUGGAGGAAAAAGCAUGCCGCGGAGAUGGCAACGGCCAAGCGACGUCAAGAAGAAGUUGAAGGUGUCGUUGCAGACAACGAGGACGGAUGCAGUGACGGUGAAAGCGAGUCGACCGGUGAUACAGCCGCCAAGAGGCUCAGACGAGAGCUGGAGCAACAGUACGGACCGUGA